AUGGCCGACACGCGAGCCCCAGACCCGCGAUUCAGGAAACAGCCGAAUCGCCAGUCGCGAUCCUGUAAAGUCUGCCGGCUCCGCAAGGUCAAGUGCGACCGAGUCAAGCCCUGCCACGCGUGCUGUGCACAUGGGUAUCCGUCAAAAUGCGUGUAUGAGAAUGUGCCCGACGAAGAUGCACAGCCGAUUAGCCAGGCAGAAGAAAUUCGGAAUCUGAGGGACGAGAUUCGCGAUCUGAGGGCGCGUAUAGAUGUGAGGCAAGAUGGGUCUCGGGCCCAGGAUCUCCAGCGGCUGGACCAGCUUGAGAGCUUAUUUGAGUCUAUUCGCUCGGCCCCGCCUCGCGUGGUGGAAUCCCUAGUCAAGGAUAUUCGGACCGCACAUGGCGGUUUGAAGGAUGAAUUGGUGCCUGUGGGCCCCUGGGAGGGCCAUGAUGCGUAUAAAAAUUAUGGCAGGCAAUCGCGUGGCUCUUCCGUAUCCACUCUGGUUGUCCGCAACCGUGGGUCAGAUGUUGAGGAAAUCAACUUCAACGAUUCCGUUGAGUAUGAUGAGGACGAUUAUGAAGAUGAAAUUUCUGUAAGGAGUGGGUCGGACUCGUCAUCGUCCGGCGCGACAUCCAUCAUGAACAUGCAGCGACCUGUGGUCGAUGUCUUUGUUGAGCGAUUUGUCGAUGCCUUUGCUCCGGAAGUGGAUCUGAAAUCUGGCCGUGCAGGUGCUCUGCGAGCUGCAGCGGGGAUUCGGAUGUUCUCUCCUCUUAUUUCGGAUGCCUACGAGGCUGUCUCAGUUGCCUUCUUCGGUAGAUCCGUUCAGAAUAAGCAAAUCGAGGCUUCAGGCUUCCGAUUAUAUCCUCGUGUGCUACGCGGUCUCCAGGACGCCUUGAAUGACCCCGAGCGUUGCAAGGCCGAGUCAACGCUGGUAACAGUGAUUCUCCUGCUUGCGUUUGAGAGUGUGGAGCGUACGACGCAGAGUGGUGUCUCUGCUCAUGUUCGAGGUGCGGUGCGCCUGAUUGAGCAUCGAGGACCAGAGAACCAUAUGUAUGGAGUCGAGCAUCUCAUGUUCACCGAAUUACGACCAUAUUGGAUCACGCUAAUGAUCCAGAUUGGCGGUGCACUCGCGGCCAGGAAACCAUCCUUUUUGGCCGAAGAAGAAUGGAAAACUAUCCCAUGGUCAGCUGGCACAACCACCAAAGAUAUUCUACAUCACCUCUUGGACCUUGCCGCAGAUAUUCCUGGCCUGCUGGCCCAGUCCGACGCAUUCCAAGAAAAGCAGCUAGAGUCUGUUAUGAGUACGCAUGAGAUAGCCGUCAAGCAGUCCACUCUUUGGAACGGCAUUACCGAACUCACUGCCAAGUUACGGCAAUGGGUCAUUGACUGGGUCGAGUGCUACCCGGACGGAGCUCCAAGAGAAGUCGAACAGACAGAAGACCAAGAUUUCCCCAUCUUCCAACGGCGAGACCUACGCACCGGUGCCAUCUUCACCCCCACCAAAAUCUCCUACCCCAACCUCCUGCUCGCACAAACCAUGUGCCUCUACUAUUCUUUCCGACUCAUUCUCUCCUCCGUUGAUAAGCGCCCGGUGGACCGGGUUACCCCAAUGGAGCAAUAUGACUUGGGAUGCGGUAUCUGCCGAACUUUGGAAUGGUACAUCCUAACAGCCCCAGGAAAUAUGAUCAAUCGCCUUGCCUUCCCCACGCGCGUGGCUUGGGAGGCAUUUCCCGAUGGGGGCCCCGAGCGCCAAUUUUUGGUCGAAGUGCUGCAGCUGGUUGAGAAACGCCACGCCUUGGGACUCUGGGGCAGUGCAAUGCCAGAGUUAUCAGUUCGGGAGAACUCACCCCUCAACAGCGAUUCACCAUGA